UUCAGCUGCGCAAAACCCUACGUCUCCAUCCCUAUCGCCUCCUCCUCCAUGAAUCUUGUGCUCCGGCGAAAGCUGCCGUCUUUCUCCGCCUAUCUCUUCCUUAUUCCGGCCCCAAUCCAUCAUGCUGAUUCGGCGAUCGGAGACUCCUUCGCGGCCGAACGCCGCUUCUACUCCACGGUGCUGGAGAAGAAGAGCUCCCCUUCCUCCUCCGACGCCUCCAAGUUCCCCGAGUACCAGCUUCCGUCAGUGACCUGGGGCGUCGUCCAAGGCCGCAAGGAGCGCCUCGUUUCCCGCGUCAUCAUCUCCGACUACCUCAAGUCCCUCGGCAUCGUCCCCGACGAACUCGCUGACCUCGAGCUCCCUUCCACUGUCGAGGUCAUGCGCGAGCGCGUCGAGUUCCUUACUCGCCUCGGCUUAUCCAUUGAUGACCUCAACGCCUACCCACUCGUCCUCGGCUGCAGCGUCCGCAAGAACAUUAUCCCCGUGCUCGGCUACCUCGAGAAGCUCGGCAUCCCCCGUGCUCGCCUCGGUGAUUUCGUCCGCGCUUAUCCGCAGGCCCUCCAUGCCAGCAUUGUCGUCGAGCUUGUCCCCGUCGUCAAGUGCCUCCGAGGCCUCGACGUCGAGCGCUAUGACAUCCCCUACGUCCUCCAGCGAUACCCGGAGCUACUAGCAUUCAAGCCUGAGGGAACCAUGAGCACCUCCGUUGCAUACCUCGUGAGCAUUGGCGUCUGCCCCAGGGACAUCGGUCCCAUGGUCACCCAAUUCCCUUUCCUCCUUGGCAUGCGCGUUGGCACUACCAUCAAGCCCCUCGUCGAGUACUUGAUCUCGCUCGGUAUCAACAAGCAGAUCCUCGCUCGAAUGCUUGAGAAGCGACCCUACAUCCUCGGAUACGAUCUGGAGGAGACGAUCAAACCCAAUGUGGACACUCUUUUGAGCUUCGGUGUGCACAGGGAGCUCCUUCCAUCAGUCAUUGCUCAAUUCCCUCAGAUUAUUGGACUGCCCCUUAAAGCCAAGCUCUCGAAGCAACAGUACUUCUUCAACUUGAAGCUGAGAAUUGAUCCCGACGGGUUUGCUCGGGUGGUUGAGAAGAUGCCUCAAAUUGUAAGCCUCCAGCAAAAUGUGAUCUUGAAACCUGUGGAAUUCUUACGAGGCCGUGCCUUCUCUGAUGAAGCUAUUGCAAAAAUGAUCAUCAAGUGCCCUCAGGUUCUCGCUUGUCAGGUCGGGCUCAUGAAGAACAGUUACUAUUACUUCAAGAGCGAGAUGAAGCGGCCUAUGGAGGAGCUGUUUGGUUUCCCGGAAUAUUUCACCUACAGCCUAGAAUCACGAAUUAAGCCUAGAUACCAGAAGCUUGCAAAUAAAGGAAUCAGGUGUAGUCUAGAUUGGUUACUGAAUUGUAGUGAUAAGAGGUUUGAGGAGAGGUUGCAAGGGGAUUAUAUCGAAGCAGAUGUACCAGGGCCUUCUUUUAUUAUGGGUGGAAAAUUAGAGAUGCCAGGAAGCCAAUUGGUUUCAGAGGAAGAGGAUGACAGUGAUGUCGAAGUGCUUUACCGGCGUACCAUUUCACUUUAGCAG